GCUUCACUGGGGGUUUGGCUGGUUUACGCCGAGUCACGUGACCUGAUAGGGGAAAAAAACAGCAGCGAUGGAGAGAAGCUAAGGAAGGGAUCUGCUCUGGCAGUGGCUUCAGUUUUACCCAGAGUGCUUGUGGAAUGGCAGCAGUUUGGCAGCAGGUUUUGGCAGUGGACGCAAGGUACAAUGCUUACCGCACGCCUACGUUUCCACAGUUCCGAACUCAGUACAUCCGCCGACGCAGCCAGCUGCUCAGAGAGAACGCCAAGUGUGGCUUUGAGCCAGGACUGCGCAGGCAGUACCUGAGGCUGCGCAGUCAGCUGCUGGCCCUGCGCUACGGGCCCCUGUCUGAGCAGAGCAGCUUCAGGGCCAGCAGUGUGCGCAGCUCCCGCACCACACUGGACCGCAUGGAGGACUUUGAGGAGGACCCCCGCGCCCAAGGGGCUCGUGGUCACCGCCGGUCCGUCAGCAGAGGCUCCUAUCAGCUACAAGCCCAGAUGAACAGAGCUGUCUAUGAUGAGAGGCCUCCGGGCAGCUUGGUGCCCACCUCCGUGGCAGAGGCCAGUCGUGCCAUGGCAGGAGACACAACACUGAGUGAAAAUUAUGCUUUUGCUGGCAUGCACCACAUAUUUGACCAACAUGUCGACUCUGCUGUUCCACGGCUGCAGUUCGCCAACGACGACAAGCACCUGCUGGCUUGCUGCUCGUUGGACGGAACCCUGUCCAUCAUGACUCUGUCCCCGUCUCCUCCCAGUGUGAAGGUGACACUUAAAGGCCAUGGAGGUCCUGUCACAGACUUUGCGUGGUCUCUGAGCAAUGACAUUAUAGUGUCAACGUCACUUGACGGGAUGCUGCGCAUCUGGAACACAGAGGAUGGUCGUUGCAUCCGAGAGGUCAGAGACCCAGAAUCCAGCGAGCUGCUCUGCUGCACUUUCCAGCCAAUGAAUAACAAUCUUACUGUGGUGGGAAACAGCAAGCAUCACCUGCAGGUGGUAAACAUCUCCACUGGGAAGAAGGUGAAGGGGGGCUCCAGCAAGCUCACAGGCCGCGUGUUGUCGCUCUCCUUUGAUGCUCCGGGCAAGAUCCUUUGGGCUGGCGAUGACAGGGGAAGCAUUUUCUCCUUCCUCUUUGAUAUGGCCACAGGGAAGCUGACCAAAGCCAAGCGCCUGGUGGUGAACGAAGGCAGCUCCAUCUGCAGCAUAUCUGCUCGGUCCUGGAUCAGCCGAGAGGCCAGAGACCCCUCUCUGCUGGUCAACGCCUGUGUUAAUAAGCUGCUUCUGUACAGGGUGGUGGACAACGAGGGCACACUACAGCUAAAGAGAAGCUUCCCAAUCCAACAUGGUUCCCAGCUGGUUCACAGCAUCUUCUGCCCCCUCAUGUCUUUCAGACAGGGGGCUUGUGUGGUGACGGGCAGCGAGGACGCCUGCGUCUACUUCUUCGACGUCGAGCGCAACACCAAGGCAAUAGUGAACAAGUUGCAGGGUCACGGUGGACCUGUGCUGGACGUCAGCUUCAACUGUGACGAGAGUUUACUGGCGUCUGCCGAUUCCACCGGUAUGGUCAUCAUCUGGCGGCGGGAGCAAAAGUGAUCCUUCCAUCUCCCACAUACAUACACACACACACACA